AAUAAAUAUAUUUUUUUCGCAAAAAAAUUUAAAAAAAUUCAAUGAGUUUAAGAGUAAUAUUAGCAACAUUUGUUGCAAGUUUACAAAUUACAUGGGUGACAGGAAAUCCACAAGUACCUUGUUUGUUCAUAUUUGGAGACUCAUUGUCAGAUAGUGGCAAUAAUAAUAACCUUGUAACAGCAGCCAAGUGCAACUUUCCACCCUAUGGGGUUGAUUUUCCUGGAGGGGCAACUGGAAGAUUUACUAAUGGCAGAACCACCAUUGAUCUUAUUGGUGAUCGUCUAGGUUUACCAGCCUAUAUCAAAGCUUUUCCAAGUGUAAAAGAUGCAGAAAUAAUUAGAGGCGUAAAUUACGCAUCUGGUUCGUCUGGAAUUCUCAAUGAAACUGGCCUUCAAGUGGGGCAACGUAUUUGUAUGAACGAGCAGAUUGAUAGACACAGAUCAAUUGUAAACAAAAUCAAGGCAAAAUUAGGCCAAGCAGGCGGUCAAGCUCACCUCAACCAGUGCCUCUACUCCGUUUAUGCUGGGAGCAAUGAUUGGAUGUUUAACUAUUACUUGCGACCAUCUGUGAUGGCAUCGCACAUGCUUCCCAACUCUUACUCUGACGAGCUCAUCAAACAAUUGACCGGCCAAAUAGAUAAACUUAUGGAAAUGGGAGCCAGGAAGGUCAUAAUAUUUGGGCUUUCACCACUUGGUUGUCUUCCCAUUCUAAAUUUGAUUAAGACAUGUUCACCUGUGGUCAAUGCCGUCUUGAAAGCGUUUAACGGCAAGCUAAAAUUACUUGUUGAUAAAUAUAACAAGCGUCCAGGUGUCAAGUUUAUUUACAUCAACACCAUGGAUAUCAUCUCCGCAAAUAAUCUCAAAAACAUUGCUGCGGCAGGCAUGAAGAACACAAAUAGCCCUUGUUGUGGAGUUGCACCGGAAUGUGUUCCAUUUAGUGUUCCAUGUCAAGAUAGAAACAAACGUGCAUAUUGGGAUCAAGAACAUCCUACUGAAGCUGCUAACAAGAUUUUGGCUGGUAGAGCUUUCAAUGCGCAACUCAAAACAGACACUUACCCUAUGGACAUAAGCGCCCUUGCUCGCCUUCCACUUACCAAAAAAGCAAGCAAACACAUACCAUCUGCAGGAAAAAGAAGCGCAAAAAAAUCAAAAAGAGUCGCUCCAAAAAGAACAAAAGGAGCUGUUCACAGAAAAGCACACAAACAUUAGAA